AUGGAUACCCCGGAACGAAAUGAGAAGGAGCGUCGGAUAUUCGUUGAGUUGAUAGAAAACGACAAAUACGCCGAUGUUCAGUUAACGUGCCAGGGAAAAGUAUGGAAACUCCAUAGGCUUGUUUUAUGUGAAAAAAGCCCAUGGUUUGAGAAAGCCCUCAAUGGGAACUUUAUUGAAUCCGGUGGCGAUAUCAACAUUGAAGAACCUUGGGAUCCUAAGCACAUUGAUAAGCUGAUAACAUAUAUCUAUGAGAAAAGACUCCGCGUUGCUGAAGAUAACAAAUUCGUUGAGUUGAUCGAGCUUUGGCAACUUGGAGAUUACUUCCUAAUUCCCGGCAUGUGCGAGGAUGUAUUAAAACUGUUCAAGAAAACUAUUAAAACCUCGUCCGACACGGUGGUAUGUUUGUUCCUAGACGAGACUGAGGUUAAAUACGACAAAAUGUCACACGCAUCAUCCACAAAGAAAAAGUCCAAGGCGGAGCGCGAAAAUGACAUAAUGGAAAUAGCCACCCAAUUUCGCAAUGCGGUUCUCUACGUAUACCAGAAUCCCGUCACCGACGUUUUCAAAGCGCAGCUAGCGAAAUGCUAUAUGCAGGGCAUAUAUCGAUGCCACGCAGACCCGUGUUGGGGGAUAGAGUCACUCGUAGAAGAAGAACGUCCCGAGUUCGCCAUUGAAAUAUCACGUCAAAUAGGAAGUAUUGGGGGAGAAGCCAGGAUUUUAGGCAUUCCACGAGCUUGCUAUGCAUGCAAAGCAUUCAUGUUUGAAAAUCCUAAUGAAGAUGCACAGAGCGGUUGGUUUCAGCUCAGUUGUACUAAAGGCAGCUCGAGUAGUACGGAGGCUAUCGGCAUUUGGGAUCUUACAUUUGAUAUUACAUGUACUAGAUGUACGUGUGCCUAG